AUGUCCCUCUAUUGCUUUUUGGUCUUGCUUAGCAGCUUCUGUUUUACUCAGUGCAAAAUUUCUGAGUACCAGCUAGAGUCGGAGGUUGGGAGUCAGUGUGAACAGCUGAGAGCUGUUGGAUCGGCACAACAGCAGGACCACAUUCCCCAGUGCUCAGUGGAUGGUCGCUUCAGACAUGUGCAGUGUAAUCUUGGAGAGUGUUGGUGUGUUAAUGGAGAUGGAAGUGAAAUUCCUGGGAGCCGACAGAACACAUCUGUGGUGCAUUGUCUGACAUCAUGCCAGCUGCAGAGACAGAGGGCAUUGCUGAGCCAAGACCCUGAUCUGGUGCCUCGGUGCAGGGAAUCAGGCGAGUACCAGUCUGUUCAGUGUGAUGGAGCUCUGGGCCAGUGCUGGUGUGUGGACCUGGAGGGCAUGGAGAUCUAUGGUACAAGGCAGAAUGGCAGACCAUCACAGUGCCCAGGUGUGUGUCAGGUCAGGGAGCGUAGGCUUCUGCACGGUGUUGGCGAGCCAUCUCCUCCACAGUGCUCAGAUGAUGGGACUUUUCUUCCUGUGCAGUGCAAGUUGAUUAACACCACCAAUAUGAUGGUCUUUGAUCUGUUACAUACCUUUAACAGAUUUCCAGAUAUCUUCCAGACAUUCAGUGGUUUUAGAAAGACUUUCCCUGAACUGUCCAGCUACUGUUACUGUGCUGACACUCGAGGCAGGGAGCUUCCCAGCACUGGAAUAGAGUUGCUUUUAAGUGAUGUAUAUGAUACAGCUUUCUCAAGCCUGGACGUAGGACGCGCCUUCUCUCAGUCCAACAUGUAUCGAAUCCUACAGAGGAGAUACCUUGCUGUCCAGCUGGCCUUGACCGGGCAAUUUAGAUGUCCAACCCCGUGUGAAAGUGAGCGAUCUGCAAGCUCCCAGGCUGGUAAUGUCUAUGUGCCUUCAUGUGAUGCCCGUGGAAGCUACUUACCAACCCAAUGUCAGACUGGUGGGCAGUGCUGGUGUGUGGACUCUGAUGGCAAGGAGAUCUUUGGGACUCGACAGCAUGGAGUUCCCAACUGUCGCGGAGGAGCAAAAGACUGCCGCUCUGAAAGGAGACAAGCACUCUCCAGGCUCUUUUAUGGUCCAACUGGAUACUUCAGCCAGAAUAAUGUAUUUUCAGCCUCUCAGAAAACCUUCUCUCCACCCGUGCCAUGCAGCCUAGAAUUCCAAGAGCUACUGGCCAAAUCCGGUCUUUCCGGAUCCUUGCCUGAGUCAGAGCACUUGGAUGUUGGGGACAUUCUGGCUGAGAUUGUUCAAGGAUUAUUCCCCACAGGAGCUCUUGCUUUAAAGGCUCUGUCCCUCACCACAAACCCAAAGAGACUGCAGGAGGACCUUUUUGGGGGAAAGAUUUUGAAGAAUGCAGGCAAUUUUAACUUUACUGGUACUGUUGGUGCCAGAGGCACUUUGAGGUUUAGUCAGGUUUUCAGUCAGGUUGGCUUGAUCCAAAAUGGUGAGGACCUGCUGCAGCUAGCCAUGUUCUUUUCAGAUGAUUCUGUUAAUUUUAAUCUGGAUCAGAAGAUCUCAGAUUCAUAUGGCCGCUCUGUAAAUCUUAAGCGCAACAGAGACUUGAUCAGGCUUAUUGGGACAAUACUAGAAAACGAGCAGUUUUUUACUACACUACAACAGACAAUUACUUUGCUCAAAGCAGAAGAUAACACCCAGCUAGGAACAAUUUUCCAGGCAGUGGUUCAAAAUGACAUUUGCGAUUCAGCUGCUACCCCUUCAUCUCUGUAUGUGCCCCAGUGCACUGAAGACGGCCAGUAUCAAGAGAUCCAGUGCCAGGGCUCCGAAUGCUGGUGUGUCGACUCUAAUGGACAGGAGGUUAGGGAAUCGCGAUCUACUGGGUCUAGACCGAGAUGCCCAUCUCAGUGCGAGAAGGAGAGCAGGAUGGCCAUAGGAGUGAAAUCCAGCAGGUCAGCAGGCUCUGAGGUGUUCAUUCCUAAAUGCGAGAAAGAUGGAGUGUACGCGCCAUUGCAGUGUCUUGGAAAGAACUGCUUUUGUAUGGACCGCACUGGAGCUAGACACAACACUCUGAGCUCUGGAGGCUCUCUGCAGUGUCCAACAGUCUGCCAGGUUACUGCAGCACAGUAUUUCCUGAACACGGUCACUUCCAUUCUAGCUAGUCCUGCUUCAAUAGCACAACUUUCUGAUGUGUACAUCCCUCGGUGCACUUCAGAUGGCAGCUGGCACCAGAUCCAGUGUGAUGGCCCUCCCGAACAAGCCUUUCUGUUCUACCGCGAGUGGAGCCAAGUCAACAAUGCUGGAGAGCAGCUGCCUGUAUCUGAACUCCUUAAUAUUCUGCAAGAAUACAGAAGAAACCCAGAAGCGAUGACAUCAUUUAAGGGCUUCCUCUUUGCAUUAUUCCAGGCAAGACAUCAGAAAGUAUUUCCUUCUUUGGCCAGGUUUGACGCAUUUUCAGAACUUCCAUCUGAAAUCCUAGAUGGGAAUGCUCAAACUGUUUUUGGACCAUCUAUUUUCCUGAACCCUCUGUCCCUAUGGAGACUUCUCAGAGGAGACACUAGCCAGUAUCCAGGCCCACUGUCCGAUUUUAGUGCUCCUCUGGGUCACUUUAACCUGCGCCAGUGCUGGUGUGUUGACCAGAAAGGAGACAUGAUACCUGACUCUAAAGCUCCAGUCAACCAGGUUCCAAAAUGUCCAGGGCCAUGCUCUUUGGUGCGGGAGCAAGGUGAUAAGUUCUUGGCAGAGGCAGAGAGACUGAUCUCGCUCUCCAAUAGCUCCCAUAUACCCGUGGGUUAUAGCUUCCUCCUGGCAGAGAGUGUGAAGCUGAGCCCUGAAGAGCUGCAGCAGGCAGCCAGUCCUGGGUUUCAGAUUUCAGAUGUUCUUUUGAGUAAUACAAACUCUGCCCUGCACCUUGCAGCAUACUCUACCCUUCAGUUUUACUGGCAGAGCAGCUUAUUGGCCAGUGGAAGGGACAGUCAAAGUCUGCUGUUUGGAUACAAGCCAUAUCACCCACAGUGUGAUGCUUUUGGCCAGUGGCUGCCCAGUCAAUGUCAUCCAAGCACUGGGCAUUGUUGGUGUGUAGAUGAAGAUGGAGGUUACAUUACUGGAUCUCUUACUGCUCGCUCCAUACAGCCCCCACAGUGCCAAACUACAUGCCAGAGAUCACACGCUCAAUACAGCAUGUCUGUUUGGAGUAAGGCAACCUUUGACAUGACUGUUUCCUAUAGCCCAUCUUGUGAGGAGGAUGGCGAUUUUUCUGUGCUCCAGAAGUAUGAUGCCAUCAGCAAUGUUGCCUUGUGUGUCAGUCCUGCUGCUGGAGAGGUCAUCCAACCAGCCACACGUAGCCCUACCGGAGAGCUACAGUGUCCCAGUUGGUGUGCUCUUCAGAAGAAGCUGGCGUCUGAGCGAGAGGCAGGUAUUGGCUAUGAGCCAGAGUGUGUGGAAGAUGGUAAGAUGUUCAAACUUCAGCAGUGUGAUGAGGUUUAUUGCUGGUGUGUUUCUGAAACUGGCCGGGAGAUCCCCUCCACCCGCAGUCCCCGCUUAGUGAAAUCAUCUUCGUGUGACACUCCUCAGUGUCCUCUCGUCUUCGGUGUCUCUAUAUCCCAUGGUGCUAUUCUGUGUGACAAUGAGAGUGUGGCUGGGAAACAGAGGCAGCGCUGUGAGAUUUUUUGUGACCAAGGUUAUAUUAAUGCCCUGCCUGCAGAAACAUUCUUGUGUGAUCCAGUGACCAGGACCUGGUUGAGUGAAGCUCCUCUGGUCUACUCCUGCCAAAGAGCUCAGCCUCUGCAGACUGUGCAGGUAUCCACAGUGUUGUACCUGUCUCUGGCAGAGGAUCAGCAAAGCUGCGUUGUUCAGCGUUCUCUGCUGCACGCUUCUCUUCUGUUUAACCUGAGAGCAGCAGGACUCUGCAGCUUACAGCUAUCUCCUGGUCAGUACGGAUCAAUUUGUGAUGAGUCGUCUGUCUUCUUGGAGUGCUUGAGCCGGCAAAACCUCACUGCUUACAUCACUUUUAAAGUUCGCCUCUCUGAUCUGCCAGUCAACGUCCUGCCUGAUCUCCACGACAUCGACACUGUGCUCAGCAGUCAGAUGAAGCGGGAUGGGGUGAUGGCAUUGAUCAGAAACAAGUCGUACCAGUCAAUCUUCGUCUCGGAGAGCACUACAGCCUUCUCCUCGCCUGCCUCUUUCAACUGCUCUGCAGGCUUUCGGCUGCUCCCAGACUCCUCUGGGUGUGUGCGAUGUCCAGCUGGCUCAUUCUCCAGUGGAGGUAGAUGUAUUGCAUGUCCACAUGGCUCAUAUCAGUCUGAAGCAGGGAAGGACCUAUGUUUCCCCUGUACCUCAGGAACCUCCACAGCAGCACUAGGUGCCUUCAGCCCUUCACACUGUGUUUCAGAGUGUCAGCAGAGGAACCUCAGUUGUACUGAAAAAGGGGACUUCCUGUCAGCCCAAAAGCACUUCUUGUCUGGCAAGUGGCUUUGUGUCACUGUAGAAGGGGAAGAACUGUCCUGGACAUCUGCAGAUGAGCCAGUCACUGCAGAGCAAUGCAAAGCUUUGGAGAAAUUCAAGGCUGUUACAGUGUCAUCACUGUUGCUGGAUUCUGUGGAUGCUGUGGUGCUGCAAUCUAUUCCCUCCUCACAGCCACUGGAAACUCAGAUUAGAAAAUGUGUGCUUGAUUGUGCAAAAGAUGACUCGUGCCAGUAUGUUGCUGUUUUCAAUGAGGGAACACAAACCUUCUGUGACUUCUACAGCACACAGACAACUAAUGUUGAAUGCAAGACCUCUCAGGAAAGAAAAGGGUUUCUGGGAAAUGAAGCAGCUGAUACAUUCCAAGCACUGAGCUGCUUGUUGAAAGUCAAGGUUGGAGACAAGCCCAAUCUCAUAGUGCUUAGAAAGAAAGGACAUGAAUUCAAUAUCGCUGGCAGGAAAAGCUUUAAGAGACUGCGUUUUCACAAAGUGAAUUCUGGAGUAUAUCGCACUGUUGUAUUUGAAGCACCCAGGGCAUCUCUAGAUGAUGUACACCACUUCUGUGUGGACACCUGCAGUCAGGAGAGCUGCUGCGAUGGCUUCAUUCUCAACAAGAAUGUCCUCACUGGAGGAUCGGUGAUGUGCGGUCUGCUGAGUUUUCCUGAUGUGCUGCAGUGCAAUGAGGAGGACUGGGACGUAAGCGGCGUAGUUUCAUCCAGACGAACCUGUGGAGCUGGAUUCAAAUAUAACAAACAGCAGAAACGUUUUACCUUUGAAUUUGGUGGACAGAAUUUCAUCAUCACUGAUUCAGCCUUGCCAGCAUCAAGCAAAAACAAAACUGAUUACCAAGCCACUAUCAUCAGCUUCCAGCAGGUCUACCUCUGGACAGAGUCAGAUAUGAGCACACGACCAAAGACUGAGGGAGCCUGUGGAGAAUCAGCACUUCUAGAAGUUUCCAGACCCACUCUGUCUGACUCAGUGAAGCAGAAUUUUGAGGUGCUUGAUACCAAUGAAAUUAAGAUUGAUGCAAAGAAAGAAACACCAAGCCAGCAGUACUGGGUCUUCAAACACCAGUUCACUGCAGCAAAGGCCCAGCUCUGGUGUCUCAAACACUGUAUAGAGGAGGAGUUUUGUCAUGUGGCAGACCUUCGAGAUGAAUGCCCACUGUAUUUUACAUGCAUGCUGUAUCCUGACACACGAGUCUGUGGAGCAUAUGAUAAGCCUCUGAGACAAGCCUGCAGUCUGGUACUGCCACAGGACCCCCAGACCGCCUACCAGAAGAAGGUCAAUCUAACUGGCAGCGUGAAAAGCUUUUACAGCCGUGUACCUUUUAGAAAGAUGGUGUCUUAUUCUGUGCGCUACCGUGUUGGUACGCUCAACAAGUCCAUCACUGAAGGGUUUUUUGAAUGUGAGAGGCGCUGCGAUGAGGAUCCUUGCUGUAGGGGAAUUGGCUAUGUACAAGACACUGAAGCAUCUGCUGUUCAGUGUCUGACUCUGAAUAGUCUGGGGAUUCAGACAUGUGGGGAAAAUGAAAGAACUAAGUGGAGAGUGCAGGACUGCUCUCCAUCUAAAGUCCAGACUGAAGUCUACCCCUUUGGCUGGUAUGAGAAGCCAGUGAAUCAGUGGACAAAAAGCCCUGGUAUUUGUCCUUUGUUCAAACUUCGCUCUCCCUCAAAAGUUGUUAAUUUGAAAAACUGGAGAGUACUGGAUGCCUCAUAUGUCGUGGUGGACUCGUCUAUCUCUGCAUUCGACAUAGUUCAUAUCAGCAGAGAUAUUGCUGAUGACCUGGAUAAAGUCCAUAACUGGUGUCUGGCUGCCUGUGAGGAAAAUGACUCCUGUUCAGCUGUGUCAGUGGCCAGGAGAGAGUCAGCAGUGAGGUGUGUGAUGUACCCAGACACUCAUAUCUGCCUACCAAGCUCCAGUGGUCAGCACUGUGUCCUCCUCAUUAAGGAACCUGCCGAAUAUGUCUACUUAAGAACCGUGUUGAGGCAACAGCUAACCUCGGUGUCCAUCCCUGGCCAUGGAAUACUCCUUGGUAAAAACGAGAUGAAGCUGAUUGAGACUGACGGCAAGAGUGUGACUUAUUUCCUGGGUGUUCCUUACGCAAGUCCACCAACUGGUGAAAUGCGUUUCAGGCCCCCGAAGCCAGCUGAUUGGACAGGAACCUGGAAUGCCACUUUUGCUCGGCCCUCUUGUCUUCAGCCUGGUGACACUGAUAAAUCCAGCUCCAGUGAGGACUGUCUCUACCUCAACAUAUUUGUACCCAGCAGUGUGAAGCAGCCUACUUCAGUCCUAGUGUUCUUCCAUAAUGCUGACUCCAGCUUACUAGAUGGCUCUUACCUCGCUGCUGUAGGAAACAUCAUCGUUGUGAUCGCAAACUUCAGAGUGGCUGCUUUCGGAUUCCUUAGCACAGGUUCCAGUACUCUUUCUGAGAACUAUGGGCUGCAGGACCAGGCAGCGGCACUGGGGUGGGUACAGGAGAACAUCGCUCUUUUCGGAGGAGACCCCACAAGAGUGACAGUGGGAGCAGACAGAAAUGGUGCCGACAUCGCCAGCCUUCAUCUGGCCUCAUCCUCUUCCUCAUCUCUGUUCCACCAGGCUUUGCUUAUGGGUGGCUCAGUGUUCUCUCCAGCUACAGUAAUGAGCAAGCAGAAAGCUCAGGAGCAGGCUGUGUCUCUGGGUUUAGAGCUAGGCUGCUCGUCAUUAGAUCCUACACAGCUACUUAUCUGCCUGAGACAGAAAUCUGCUGAGAGGAUCAACGCUGCACAAACCAAGUUGUUGGCAGUGAGUGCCCCCCUGCUAGCCUGGUCUCCAGUGGUAGAUGGUGUGGUGGUUAGGGAACAUCCAUCAGCAGCCCUGAGCUCUGGACGCUUCCACAGAGUGCCACUCAUGCUGGGCUCUUCAGCAGAGGAUGGUCUGAUCAGCAGAGCUAAAAACAUCAAGAACUUUGAGCAGCUUCAAGGAAGAGCAGACAGUAAAACUGCUUUCUAUGAAGCACUGUCCAAUUCUCUGGGAGGAGAUGAUGCCAACAAUUUUGUGAAGGAAGCAGCUACUUGGUUCUACUCUCUACAACACUCUCCAACUCCCUCUGGCUACAGUGUCUUCUCCCGUGCUCUGGAGAACGCGACGAGAGAUUUCUUCAUUACUUGUCCCUCUGUUGAGAUGGCCAGCUUCUGGGCCUCCAGCACCCGCUCUGCUGUUUACAUGUACCACCUGCCACAAGACAUGGUGCACACCAGUGUUGAUUAUUCAUCUCCUCUGGAUAUGCAGUAUGUGUUUGGCUUGCCGCAUGUCCCAGAAACACGAGAACUCUUCACCUCGACAGAGAGAACUCUUUCUCUGCAGAUCAUGAGCUACAUGGCUAACUUCAUUAAAUCUGGAAACCCCAACUUGCCUCUCUCCGUGUCUGGAGCGUCUUUUAGUGAGCUUUUGCCUCCCUGGCCUCAGUUCCUGCCCCACCCAAAUGGACAGAACUAUAAGGAGCUGUCUCCUACCCUCAGUAACCACAAAAGCCAACAGGCAAUCCAGUGUUCCUUCUGGUCCCAAUACGUGCCUGUUCUGAGCUCGUCUACAGGAAAAUUCUUGUCCAAAAAUUCAGAUGGAGAAAAUAAACCAUCUGAAGCUCCAAAGCCAGCGCCUUUGUCUGAUUUCAGCUCUUUAGUGACACAAACUGAACCCAAGUCUGAGAAGGAUGCUUACAGUUAAACUGUGUAAAAUAUAUACAUUUGAGCAUUUAUUCAAGACUCUUUCAAUUUUGGACACGAUCACAUACUUUCUGGAGUUCUGUAGAUAUUUUAGUGAUGUCAUAGUGUUAUACUUUUAUGCAUUUAAACAAUAAACUUGCAUUUUAAAAACAAAACAGUCUCACUGUUUCCUUUUACUGCUCUUCCAGCUGCAUUUUGUAGUCUAA